AAAAGCAUUCUCCGUUUUCACCCAUCAAAAUCCGAGGAGUCUUCUGCAGCUUUCUCUUAAUCCCAUCUCUCUCGCGCGAUCCCCAAUUCAAAACCCUAAUUUUGGGACUCAAAACCCAGAUCCGAUGUCGAAGCAGUUCACGGUUCCGCCGGUUGUUUUCCCGUCCGGCGGGAAUCCCAGCAGUGUCCCCGGAAACGUGCAGCAACGGCGGGUCGCGACGGCGCCGUUUCAACCCCCUCGGUCCUCUGGUUCAAGCAUCCCGUUCAUGUCGUUCGAUAUCGGCUCCGCAGUUGGAGCGUCUUCAUCCGCCGCUAGCAUCUAUGGCGGUCCGAUCGGUGGCGGCCCCGCCCCUGGAAACGCCAACUUCGAGGACGAAGAACCCCUCCUCGACGAGCUAGGUAUCCACCCUGAUCAAAUCUGGAAAAAGACUAAAUCGAUCCUUAACCCGUUCCGAGUCAAUCCGGUUGUCUACAAGGACUCGGACCUUUCCGGCCCGAUCCUACUUUACAUGUCUCUGUGCUUAUUCCAAUUGCUGGCUGGGAAGAUCCAGUUCGGCGUGAUCUUGGGAUGGAUCGUCGUCUCAUCGAUUUUUCUCUAUGUGGUUUUCAACAUGUUGGCCGGGCGCAAUGGGAAUCUGGACUUGCACACGUGUACGAGCGUGGUUGGGUACAGUAUGUUGCCGGUGGUGAUUCUAUCGGCGGCGUCUUUGUUUGUUCCGCAAGGUGGGGUUGUGAGAUUCGGGGUGGCGGGGGUUUUCGUGAUUUGGGCUACGAGAGUUUGCACUGGGCUCAUGGUCUCGCUCGCUGACGGUGGAGACGAACAUCGAGGGUUGAUAGCGUAUGCGGCCCUCUUAAUUUACACUUUGUUUUCGCUACUUGUUAUAUUCUAGUGACAUUAAUGAACACUGAGCAGUAAUGGGGUUUUUCCUUUUUGUCUAAUACUGCUCUAGCUGUGGUUUAGUGUUUUCCUUUUCGGUUUUUCUGGGUGAGGGCUUACAUAACUAUAAUGACUGAAUGAACUUCAAGACUUUAUGAUAUGAUGGGUGUUCCUCUGUAGAAAAUUGGAUAUAUUACUUUGUUAAUGAAUUCAUUCUUUAUUGUUGAGA